CGCAUUAAAAAAUCACAGGUAGAUUGUACGAAUCGAAGCACUUUCAUAAAUUAAAUUAAAAAUAAUGUCUACAAUAACGCCCAAUUCAAUUUCAUUCUCAAUCUUACCCUCUGUUAAUCCUUUUUUUCCCUUCCUCUCCCUCUCUCCAUUCCUCUCACGCUUUAACCGCCGGAAACCGCCUUCCUUCACCAUCUCCGCUGGCUCCUCCCGCAGGAAACCGCCUUUCGAUCCACCGGACUCCAAAAUGUCAGUCUCAGUUCAGAUUCCAGCUGGUUCCGUCCGGCGAGACAUCGAGACUGAACCGUUGAUAGAUUCCAGAAAUCGAAAGGGGGAUCAGCCGACAACCACUGUUAAAGAAGAUUCUGUCUUUUCCCAUAAAAGUGUGCCUCACAAGAGCAAAUAUUCUUUAAGUUCCAUCAGUUGCUUUGGAGUGGAUCUAACCCCGGAUAACAUUGCUGUUGCUAUGGUAUAUUUUGUUCAAGGUGUCCUGGGCCUUUCUAGGCUUGCUGUAAGCUUUUACUUGAAAGAUGACCUACACCUAGAUCCUGCAGAGACAGCUGUCAUAUCUGGUUUCUCAUCAUUGCCAUGGCUCGUGAAACCAGUGUAUGGUUUCAUCAGUGAUUCUUUCCCACUCUUUGGAUACCGGAGGAGAUCAUACUUGGUACUCUCAGGGCUUCUUGGAGCAUUCUCAUGGUUUUUGAUGGCCACCUUCGUUGAUAGCAAGUAUAGUGCUGCCUUCUCCAUACUUAUUGGUUCUCUUUCUGUCGCUUUCUCAGAUGUUGUUGUAGAUUCCAUGGUAGUAGAGAGGGCACGCGGCGAGUCUCAAAGCAUGUCAGGAUCUCUUCAGUCAUUGUGCUGGGGUUCUUCGGCAUUUGGGGGAAUUGUGAGUGCCUACUUUAGUGGCUCCCUUGUGGAGGCUUAUGGUGUGAGGUUUGUUUUUGGUGCAACAUCAUUACUUCCACUCAUAACAUCUGCGGUAUCUGUACUUGUGAAAGAACAGCCUGUACGAGGCCCAGCAAGGGGAGUUUCUUUAGGCAAUGGCUUCAUAGAGAGCUCAAAAAACAAUUUUACCCAGUUAUGGGGAGCUGUUAAGCAGCCUAGCGUUCUACUUCCCACCCUAUUUAUUUUCUUAUGGCAGGCAACGCCACAGUCAGAUUCUGCUAUGUUUUACUUCACGACAAACAAACUUGGUUUCACUCCGGAAUUCCUUGGUCGUGUUAAGCUUGUCACUUCAGUUGCAUCACUUAUUGGUGUGGGGCUUUAUAAUGGGUUUUUAAAGAAAGUUCCUCUACGGAAAAUAUUCCUCGUAAUGACUCUUAUUGGUACAGCUCUUGGUAUGACUCAGGUUCUUCUUGUGACUGGAUUGAACCGGCAGUUUGGCAUUAGUGAUGAGUGGUUUGCUAUUGGGGAUUCCUUGAUUAUAACUGUUCUGGGUCAGGCAUCUUUCAUGCCUGUUCUAGUACUAGCUGCGAGAAUUUGUCCACAAGGAAUGGAAGCAACUCUCUUCGCAACCCUUAUGUCCAUAUCCAAUGGAGGGAGUGUCCUUGGAGGUCUAAUUGGUGCAGGUCUAACCCAGGUAUUUGGUGUCACCAGGGACAGGUUUGACAACUUGGCUUUUCUGAUAGUUCUCUGCAAUCUCAGCUCUCUAUUGCCUUUGCCCCUACUUGGUCUUCUUCCUGGCGACGAACCAGAUACAGAAGACAAUACUGAUGUUGAGAUGAAGUCUAACUGAAUUCUUGCGUGCUGUGCAAACCCUGAAUCUGGCUAAGUAUCUCUGCAGCUUUUCGAGAAAACAAUAGGAGAGAAUACAAUUGUAAAUACAAAUACUAAUAUUGAAUGACUAAGCAUACGAGUCACGAUGUCAAUUCAUCACUCCACAGAAAAAGUUUAAUGGAUUAGGAACUUGUUUAAGUGUGAGAUAGAUCUUGUUCUGUGGUCCCAGGACUUGGUCUAUUGCCAAGAGUGUGGGUUAGGCUAAUGUCAUGAAUUUGAACCCUCCUGUAGACAAAAACAAAACCUGGUAUUUAAGGAGAGAAGAAUAGAGGGGCGGACUUGUUAUCUACUGAGUUCAAACUUGAGCCAUGUUGAUCUUAACACGUGUAUUGCUAGAUGACCCUAGUCUAGAAUGCCCAUUGAGAAAUUGUUGUUCGGACUUGCUGUUUAGCGACCAGCUUUGGUAUUUUGUGAUCAAAUCUUAGCUAAAAGGUAUUGAACAUUGAUCGU